AUGAGCAUUGCAUGUACGCAAGACACAUGCAAUGGAAUGCAAUCACGAACGAUAACACGGCAGGAUCAAAAUAUAGAUGAUUUAGGGGAAGAUGCAGCUGUUUGUUCACAUUUGUAUUGGCUAUUAGAAUCAACUACGUUGCUUCUAUUCACAAGUGGUAGGUUCGAAACUACCACUUCCUCUUUUGAGUUUAGAUGGCAAUGCGAAGUGAUUCGCCUAGAGCUGGAAAGUUUGGAGCGGAAGAAAGCAGGUGUACUUCAAGAGUUAUCUAUUCUCGAGGAACGCAAACGACGUUGCCAACAUCAACAAUCGUCAUUUGAGCAGAUGACUCACUGUGUCCCUUUUCAUGGAAAUGCGACGAAGUCAGUAAGGCAAGCUAAGGAAGAAGGCGACAAGUAUGCUGGGGAAAGAGGAAUAGAAGACAAGAUAGCAGUAAUGGAAAUGAAUAAGAGGAAAAUGGAAGAAGAAUCCGGUACCAAAAAUGACAAUGACUCAACUAGUUGGCAUGAGAAUGAUAAAAGAGCUGGCAGUAACUUACGAAAAGGAGCAGAAGUUACGAAAGAUGGAUCAGAAAGACAAUUCCAAAUAGCAAUUGAUGAAGUAAAUGAAAGAGAGCAAGAGACGUCACUGAGUCCACUAGAAGAUAAGGGCGGCGAACGACAUCAGACUAUAUCAAUUGCUUGGAGAGAGCUUUCCGUUUCCGUUUCUGUUAUGCGUUGCGACUAA